AAAAAGUGUCAAAAUCAAAAUCAAACCAUAACAACUGGAAACUGGAGCCGAUUUAUUGGAAAAAUAUGUUUUAAACUGCGUAGGAACUCUGAAAUAACUUUAAAAUGGCAUUGAUAAGACGCUGUAUCCCUUUAUUUACGAAAAGUAUUCGAAUUGCCCCAGUAAAUUCACAAGCUCGAAAAAUCCAUCGCUAUGUGGCGCCCACAUUGAUGGAACUAAAACGGCGGGAAGAGAAGAACGGUGGUAAAGUGACAAAUCCAAGAAACACAUUCCUUGAGUGGAAUUUAGAAGCUGAACUGUUUGCUUUUGGAAAACGUUUAAAUGAAGAUUUUGACCCCGACCUCCUGUUGCAAGCGUUCACAGACAGAUCUUACGUGAUAAAGGAAGAACUCAAACAAAAGGAGCUGAAUAUUGAUAUUAAGAUGAAGGAUAAUAAGGAACUGGCGGAGGAAGGAGAAUCAUUCAUGCGUCAGUACAUCCAGCGGUACCUGGAGCAUGUGCUGCCCCGGUUCCCACUGGAGGGUGUGGCUGGAGUGCGCCGGCACCUGCUCAGUGAGGCCACGCUGGCUCACGUGGCACUGCACCUGGGCACUAAGGAUAUUAUACUGGCUUCUGAAUACCCAGUGGACAACUACAUCCUGGCGAACACGUUCAAGGCGCUCGUGGGGGCGCUGAUCAAGUCGUCGGGAGAGGAGCAGGCCGCGCACUUUGUGAGGGAUUUCCUCAUCACACAGUUGAACGGUGCAGACGUAAACGAGUACUUCCACAUCGAGGACCCGUGGGCCCUGCUCACUGACCUCCUUCACAAGCGGGGGGCGGCCGUGGAGCCUCGCCUGAUCGCGGAGACGGGGGGCAACACCGUGCUCGCGUGCUAUAGAGUGGGGUUGUAUGUGGACAAGCAGAUGGUGGCUUCUGGUUACGGCGAAUCGGUACCAGUGGCCAAGGAGAUGGCGGCGCGGGAGGCACUCAAGAAGAUCUUCGGCACAGAGGACCACGCGCCGCCGAUCGACUUCACCGUGCAGGGCGUGCCACAGGGGGCGGCGGAACGGGAGAAAAUAUCGUCCAGUUAGUUAGAAGUGUUGUAUAGUUGUGUAGAUUAGGAUUAAACGUUGUGUUAUUAUGUGAG